UGCGAUUGUAGCCCAUCGCAACCGCCGACUACGUUGCCACGUUGCACAUGACCCACGGUAAAGUGAAGCGGACAGUGCACGUGUCCAUUCGGCCUGGCACCCAUCACCUCCUGAAGACUCUUUCGCCUCACUUCGACAUUGUGGUUUUCACUGCCAGCGACCGCAAGAUGACAGAGCACCUUGUGGACUUCAUAGAUCCUGGGAGACACAUUCAGUGUCGGCUGUAUCGCGAUUCAUGCAGCAUCUCGCACGAGACCGGUCACGUGACCAAGGACUUGAGUUUGAUGGGUCGACCACUGCAGCAUGUCGUGCUCCUGGACGACAAUCCGCUAGUGUGCAGCUCCCACCACGUCGACAACUUGUGGCGUUGCUCCGAAUACACGGGCGACAAGAAGGACAGAGAGCUGUUUGCAAUUGCCGGCAAGUUACUCAAGUGGCACGCCGUCGAGGUGAGGUUGAACACAAGCAGUCGCUCCUCAUGAACACACAACAUAGGACAUUCGGCCG